UGCUUUUUUGCCAAUGCUCAAGUCGGUCACGCUUUCAGUAUCAUUUUGUCGGCUGUGAACUGUGAAGGAAAUUUGUAGCGCCGCGCGCAGUGCAUUUUUUUCUGUAACAACCGCUACACAGCUGAGCGCGCCAACAACAGCUACAAGGAAGAAAGAGAGAGAGUAAUAUAAAACAGUCUACAAAGAAGAAGAGACAAAGUGCCCGCCAAUAUAUUUGAUACUAGCUGAUAAAAGUAAAAAAGAGAAGGAAACGAAAAGGCUUUAAACGCAACUGUUUGCGUUCCAGUCUACGACGAGAGCCUGAAAGAGCUCUCGCCAGGCAAUAAAAUACACUCAUAGACACACACACAGACACACUCACACACACAGGUUCAUACAGCACCCGCUCGCUCACUAACACCACACCCAAAGCAGACGAGACAAUUUGAGCAUAAACCACAAAAAAAAAGAAAAAUAUAGAACAGCAGCUGGCAGCUGAGAGCGCUGAGCGCCAAUCGACCAAGAUACAGAGAGAGAGAGAGUAGAAUUCGAAACUCUCUGAUCUCGUAGAUCGAGACAUACGUGCGAGAGAAAGUGAGAGAGAACGAGAAAAAAUCUUCAAGUCUUGUACAAAAGAACGACGCACUGAGAGUAUUUUGCAAAAAAUACUCGUGCACACACACUCUCAGGAUAUGUACGGCAACAAUAAUCCGGGUAGUAACAAUAAUAACGGUGGUUAUCCCCCAUACGGUUACAACAAGUCGAGUUGAUUUAAUUGUGUAGACAUGAUCUCUUUCCACAGCAGCCAAGCAACAGCAGCCUUAUCAAGCGAUCUCAACAAGAACAGCGAAAACAACGACAGAUACAAACGCUUCGAUUGUAUUUAGUGUGGUUGCUUUUCGCUCCACUUCAUUAUUAUUACGAUUAUUUUUAAUAUUACUAUUACUAUUGUUUGAAACAAAGAAUAUAUAUAAAUACAUAUAUAUAUUAUAACACAUAUAUAUAUAUAAUAAAACUGGUGUGAUAAAUCUCUGUGAAGAACCCAAACAACAAAAUGUUCCUUAAACGAAGACGCCGUCAACGCCUCGGUGGACGUGUAUUUGGCAUGUCUCAUUCACUGCCAUCGGGAAUGUCACGUUAUGCGUUCUCACCACAGGACACAGAAUUUACAUUUCCAAGUUCCUCGUCGCGUCGCGGUUACAACGAUUUCCCUGGGGGCAAUGGCGGCAGCGCCAAUUCCCUCGGCGGCAACAUCUGCAACAUGCCAAUGGCCAGCAACAAUUCGCUGAACAAUCUGUGCGGCCUAUCGAUCGGCAGCGGCGGCAGCGAUGAUCUGAUGAACGAUCAGCGCACAAGCAACACCAAUUUGAUAGUGAACUAUUUGCCGCAGGAUAUGACUGAUCGCGAGCUGUAUGCCCUAUUCAGAGCCAUUGGACCCAUCAACACGUGCAGAAUCAUGAGAGACUAUAAGACUGGCUACAGUUUUGGUUAUGCUUUCGUGGACUUCACAUCGGAAAUGGACUCGCAGCGUGCUAUUAAAGUUCUCAAUGGGAUCACAGUGCGCAAUAAGCGGCUCAAGGUUUCAUAUGCGCGUCCUGGCGGUGAGUCGAUCAAGGAUACAAAUCUGUAUGUGACCAAUCUGCCGCGCACGAUAACCGAUGAUCAGCUGGACACGAUCUUUGGCAAAUACGGUUCCAUAGUGCAAAAGAAUAUACUGCGUGAUAAGCUAACUGGGCGGCCAAGGGGCGUGGCGUUUGUGCGCUAUAAUAAACGCGAGGAGGCACAGGAGGCUAUCUCGGCGCUGAACAAUGUUAUACCAGAGGGCGGCUCCCAGCCGCUGUCCGUGCGCCUGGCCGAGGAGCAUGGCAAGGCAAAGGCGGCGCAUUUCAUGUCACAGAUGGGAAUGGGACCGCCGCAGGCGCCGCCACCACCACCACCACCACCACCGCACAUGGCGGCCGGCUUCAAUAACAUGGUUCACAGAGACGGAGCUAUGGAAAAAUUACGCUCAUUAUUCGAUGCUAUUUGCGAUGCUAUCUUUGGUCUCGAUAGCGACAACUUUGCCGAUUUGCUUGAUGGACUGUACCGCAGGAAGUAUCAUUAUCCUUACUUAUAAUUGACGCCGCAGCAGCAGCAGCAACUGCAACUCUAUCAGCAGGCGUGCGGCUUCAAUAGCAACAACAAUACCAACAACAACAGCAGCAACAACACCAAUGGCAACAACAGCAACCACAAUCCCAGCAACAUGUUACAGUAUCAUUCACAUUACCAGCAGCAACAGCAACAACACCAACAGCAGCAACAAUUGUCGCCGCAUGGCCCACACAGCAGCAACAAUAACUUUCCAUACAACAACAACAACAACAAUAUACCACGCCCGCAGCAAAGCUACAGCAAUUACAACCAGCAACAUAUGUCGCGCAGCAGCAGCAGCAGCAACAGCAGCAGCUGCAAUGGCCUCAGUCCGCACGGCAGCAACAUGUUUCCAUACAGCAAUCAACAACAUUCACACAGCAGCAACAGUCUCAGCUUUAGUCCGCACAGCAGCAACAACAGCAACAAUGGCUUCGGCUUUAGUCCGCACAGCAGCAAUAGCAACAUCAACAUGCACAGCAGCAGCAACAGCAACAACAACAUCAAUGGACUGAGUCAAUUCCAUAGUUUAAGCUUGAGUCCGCACAGCAACAGCAGCAACAGUCAACUGCAACAGAAACAACAACAGCACAGCAACAAUAAUCGUAUGCUGGCAUCGCAGCAACAAUUGUUACCUGACUACAGCUACAACAUGGAAC